AUGUUGAAUUUGUUGUUUGCUGUUCAAUUUUCUAAUGCUGAAGAACCAGAAAGUCCAUCUGAAGCACCUGUAAUUCAUAAGGCAUGUGAUUUCCGAUGUUCAGCGACAUCUCACAAGAAGCCCUGUUUGUUUUAUUGCAACUAUUGUUGUAAGAAAUGUUUGUGCGUACCAUCAGGAACAUAUGGACACAAAGAAGAAUAUCCUUGCUAUAAUAACUGGCAUACGAAAGAAGGUGGCCCAAAAUGUCCAUAA